AUCACGGUCAUUAGCCACCCGCCGGUCAACGGAUGCCAGAUUUGCCGGUAGACGACGCCAUGCAAUAAGAAAACCGGGCGUAUAUGUAGGCUAGAUUAGCUGCCAUUGCAAGAUGAUUUAUUAUAGUUUUUACCUGUUGGGAGCACACGGGAAUCCGUCACCGGGGUUGCAUAUGCACCGCAGAGCGGUUUCCUGACAGGGGGGUUUAUUGACAGGCUGUUUCUGACAUGAAGACCCGACCUGCGGGUAUCGGUAAUGCCAAUGCCGACUGGAUGGGGUCGCUCCCCUCCAAACUUAGUGCCAUGCCCCUCAAACACAUCGCCGUACCAGGAUCUCAUGAUUCUUUUACCUAUUGGGUGGAUGUGCAUGCUCCUGUGGGCCCGGACCAGAAGGCAUAUGUCAAGUACCUGGCCACCAUGUUCAGCGUCUUAGCCAAGAAAGUCAUGGUGAAGUGGUCCAUGACCCAGAACCUGACAUUUAAAGAGCAGCUGGAUGCAGGAAUUCGCUACUUUGAUCUCAGGGUCUCCUCCAAACCAGGCGAGUCUGGAAAUGAGAUCUAUUUCAUCCAUGGCCUGUUUGGCCACAAGGUGAGCGAUGGCUUGUUAGAAAUUAACUCCUUCUUAAGCAGACACAGGAAAGAGGUAGUGUUUCUAGACUUCAACCACUACUAUGCAAUGGGGGCAGAGCAUCAUGUGUACCUCAUCAACAUGCUCCAGGAAGUGUUUGGUAGUAAGCUUUGUAAAGACUCUGCAGUGGAGGGCAUCACUCUGGACUACCUCUGGCAGACGAAAAAACAGGUGAUUGUGUUCUACCAUCAUCCGUCAGCACAGGGCAUCCCAGUCAUGUGGCCCGGCAACAAGAUCCCCGCUCCCUGGGCAAACACCACCGAACCCAACAAGCUCACACAGUUCCUGGAAACUACGCUAAAGGAAAGAGCCAAGCAGGGCUCCUUCCACGUGUCUCAGGCCAUUCUCACACCCAGGCCUAACAUUGUUGCCAAGGGCCUGCUCUGGGGGCUGCGCAACUACCUGGUGGAAAAAAACCUGCCAGUCAUCAUGUCCUGGGUCAAGGCUCAGAAGCCCGGAGUGGAAGGGGUCAACAUCAUCACCUCUGACUUUGUGGAGCUCACUGACUUUGCCAACAUUGUCAUCAAACUCAACAACCUGCUGAUAUCUGAACAGGACUGCAAACCAAGAUGACACAUUUGCACAACAGGACAAAUGUGUGCUGACCCACAGUGCGGUGGAGGUUGGAGGUCGAAUGGCAGAUUCUUCCACCAUUGUUGGAUAAUAGUUCUUACAUAAUGCUGGAGUCCCUAUGAAGUAUACUGCAUCAGUGACUUUGAUAAGGAAUUCUUAUCCUCAGCUUGCAAGUAACUUUAACUUUAGCUGACAAGGUUUCACUCAAGGACACUUCAGCAGGUACACAUAGAUACUGUAUGAGCCCUCUGGCCUCAUUUGACUCAGGGGUUUCACUUAGGCUAUGGCUUCAAUAUUUCAAAUAUUACAAUAGUUGUCUUUUUCAUGGAUGGAUUACUGAACAGGCCUACAAGGCACAGGCUUUGGGGAAAUAUAAAACAACUACAAAGAGACAUAAAAGUAUCCUGAGAGACCAAAAUAAUUACAAAUUAUGCAAACUUCAAUCACGAAGAGACUCACAAUUAUGAAAAGGGGCAAAACAAUCGCAAAGAGACACAAAAUGACCACACAAUGACUAUAAAGAGACACAAAACAACUACAAAGAGACACAGAACAACUACAAAAGAGGCAAAAUAACUACAAAAAGACCACAAUAAUUACAAAGUGAUGUAAAACAACCUCUUGAAUGAGUCCCAUGUAGGAGAGGCAGUUGGUCCUUUUGUGUGUCUAUGCCCAGGGGUCUAUUGUCUCAUAAUCAGUCCAUGAUCUUUUUGCUAUUUAUUUUACAGAUACAGAAUUUUAUUGCAUAACUGUUUCGCAAUACUGUAUAUAUAGUUUAGAUAUUUAAGGCAUCACCUUCUUCAGAAUGUUUGUACAAAUUAGGCAUUGGAAUGAAAAGUGAUCAGAAGAUAUAUUUUGUUUACAGACUACUAAAACGUCCAACAUUAUGGUAAAGAGUUUUGAAAGUGGAGUUUGUUUACAUUGCAUUAUUAACUGUAAACUGAAGCUGAUAGGUUUUUAACUAUGCAGUGUUUUUCCCAAUAAUGCAAAUUACAGGCUGUAGUAUUUUUGUUUCUAUGUUAAGCAAUACCAUGUGUUGUGAAAAAAAGAGCCUACUGUGCCAACACUGUCUCAGUACAUAUCCCUGGGCUAUAAAGUUUAACUAGAGAUGCAAACAGUGG